GUUAACAUGGCGGCGGGAGCUACCGGCACGUCUCCAGGAGGCGGCGGGGCCCACACCCGGAAGACGGGUCUCUUUUCGGCCUAGCGCGGCGGCCGCUGCGGACCCGGAAGUCCGGGCCAGUUGCUGAAUGAGGGGAGCCGGGUCCUCUCCGCGCCAGUCCCCCCGCGCCCUCCGCCCCGACCCGGGCCCCGCCAUGUCCUUCUUCCGGCGGAAAGUGAAAGGCAAAGAGCAAGAGAAGACCUCAGAUGUCAAGUCAGUUAAAGCUUCAGUAUCCGUACAUUCCCCACAAAAAAGCACUAAAAAUCAUGCCUUGCUGGAGGCUGCAGGACCAAGUCACGUUGCAAUCAAUGCCAUUUCUGCCAACAUGGACUCCUUUUCAAGUAGUAGGACGGCAACACUUAAGAAGCAGCCCAGCCACAUGGAGGCCGCUCAUUUUGGUGACCUGGGCAGAUCUUGUCUGGACUACCAGACUCAAGAGACCAAAUCAAGUCUUUCAAAGACCCUUGAACAAGUCUUGCAUGACUCUGUUGUCCUCCCUUAUUUCAUUCAAUUCAUGGAACUUCGGAGAAUGGAGCAUUUGGUUAAGUUUUGGUUAGAGGCUGAAAGUUUUCACUCUACAACUUGGUCCCGAAUAAGAGCACACAGUCUGAACACGGUGAAGCAGAGCUCACUGGCUGAACCUGUCUCUCCUUCUAAAAAGCACGAAACUACAGCAGCUUUUGUAACUGACUCUCUUGACAAGAGAUUGGAGGAUUCUAGCUCAGCCCAGCUGGAAGGAAUUGACCUGAAUAAUAGAACUAGCAACACUCAGAAUCACUUGCUGCUUUCCCAGGAAUGUGACAGUGCCCCUUCUCUCCGCCUGGAAACGGCCAAAACAGGAGCUCAUCGAGGUUCCGUGGAAACCCAGGAAUCCUCCAGAUUUAUAGUAGCCAGUAGAAGUAGUCCCUCUUCUCCACUAAAGGAACUAUCAGGAAAACUAAUGAAAAGUAUAGAACAAGAUGCAGUAAAUACUUUUACCAAAUAUAUAUCUCCAGAUGCUGCUAAACCAAUACCAAUUACAGAAGCAAUGAGAAAUGACAUCGUAGCAAAGAUUUGUGGAGAAGAUGGGCAGGUGGAUCCCAACUGUUUUGUCUCAGCACAGUCCGUAGUCUUCAGUGCAAUGGAGCACGAGCACUUUAGUGAGUUUCUACGAAGUCACCAUUUCUGUAAAUACCAGAUUGAAGUGCUGACCAGUGGAACUGUUUACCUGGCUGACAUUCUCUUCUGUGAGUCAGCCCUCUUUUAUUUCUCUGAGUACAUGGAGAAAGAGGACGCAGUGAAUAUCCUACAGUUCUGGUUGGCAGCAGACAACUUCCAGUCUCAGCUUGCUGCCAAAAAGGGCCAGUAUGACGGACAGGAGGCACAGAACGACGCCAUGAUUUUAUAUGACAAGUACUUCUCCCUCCAGGCCACACAUCCUCUUGGAUUCGAUGAUGUUGUACGACUGGAAAUUGAAUCCAACAUCUGCAGGGAAGGUGGGCCGCUCCCUAACUGUUUCACCACUCCGUUACGUCAGGCCUGGACAACCAUGGAGAAGGUCUUUUUGCCUGGCUUUUUGUCCAGCAACCUUUAUUAUAAAUAUUUGAAUGAUCUCAUCCAUUCGGUUCGUGGAGACGAGUUCCUGGGAGGAGGUGUCUUGCUGACGGCUCUGGGCUCUGCCGGCCCCACCGAGGACUCCCACCCCGGGGCGGCCGACAGCUCCGCGGUGCAGUCUAGUGUGAAAAAAGCCAGUGUUAAAAUUCUGAAAAAUUUUGAUGAAGCGAUAAUUGUGGAUGCUGCAAGUCUGGAUCCAGAAUCUUUGUAUCAACGGACGUAUGCAGGGAAGAUGACAUUUGGAAGAGUUAGUGACUUGGGGCAGUUCAUCCGAGAAUCUGAGCCUGAACCUGAUAUAAAGAAAUCGAAAGGAUCCAUGUUCUCUCAAGCUAUGAAGAAAUGGGUCCAAGGAAAUACUGAUGAGGCCCAGGAAGAGCUAGCUUGGAAGAUUGCUAAAAUGAUAGUCAGUGAUGUUAUGCAGCAGGCACAGUGUGAUCAGCCGUUAGAGAAGUCCACAAAGCUAUGACUCAAGACCUGAGAUAAAGGAAAUCUGCUUUUGGAAAAUAAGAGAACUUUUUUCCUUUGGUUGGAUUCUUCCCCACAGCCAGUGAAAACAGAGCACUGUAUUUCUUCUCACUGUUGUUCCCAAGAAAGAAUGGCAGACAAUCCUAGACUUCCACCGUCGGCAGAGUGUCGCGUAGACACAUCUGCACGCAAUGAUCACGCAGUGAAAGUCGUAGAGACAGAGUGGUGUUGUUUACAUUACUAGAGAAUUACUAGUUUUCCAAUGGCAAUAACCCAUGUGUGGAAGAGUUAGUCCACUGGGAUAGGCGGGGGCCACACGCCAUGGGAGAUGCAGAGGCGUAGAGCCGGUAUUUGAUGCACCUCCCGUGGCGGUGACCCACCCCAACAGCAUCAGACAGCGGGUACCAGAGGGGCUUCGCUUGGUCUCCUGAGCAGGCAGGUGAGUUGGCCCCUCGGGAGCCAGGCGGUGCGGUGCCAGCAGGUGGCUUUUCUUCCGGGGAGCGGGGUCCGCACAGAGGCGUUAAUUUGGAAGUGGGUCAAGUCUUGGUGACGUUGUCCUCCCCUUUGGUGACAGUGUGUGGUGUUCACGUUCUAAUUGCUCCUGAGACGCAGUACUCUUAACACCAGCUCCCCCGCGGCCGGAAGGGCGAGCCUCUGCGCCGCAAGUGGUAGGACUUGCUCCUCCGAGAUUCUGGGCUCUGGUGACGUCACCUCCCCUCAGAGUACUUGUGGAAAGGGAUGUGCAACAGCCAUCACUCCAGUUUUCCCCUGUGGCUUCUUGAACAAAAUGUUUAUUCCCAGAUGGUAGAGUUUUUAAAGAAGGUGGGCGGGCAGGCGUGGGGACAGAGAGGCACUCAGUUCUGACUCUCUCCUCUUCUUUGCGCUGGGAAGUGUGCAGGUUGUGGCCUUUUUCUUCUGUCUGUGGGGUAACGAGAGGCCCCUCCCUGCACUUCCACUCGGUCGGCUUCGGGGUCUGGACCUCGCUGCCAUGGGCGGGGCCGCCCCGUCGGCCGCACACUCCAUGCAGGCGGUGCCAGCGCUGCCUCACCACACGGACUGUCGGAGGGAAGGAACGUUCUCUUAGGUGUUACUGCUUUUGCUCAGACUUUGCAAAAAAUGCAUAUAUACACAUAUGAAUAUAUAAUUAUUAAUCACCUCUGUCCUUGAGAAAGUCUUGAAUGAAUAGAGAAUUUAUUCCACUGCAAUAUUUGGUUGUAUAGACGCGCACUGUUUCAUCAACAGAAGAAGCAGAA